AUGGACACCCUCGACGCCAUCGCACUCAAUCCAAAUCUGAAACCUCUCCUUAUUCUUCUCAAAGCCGCCCGUAACGGCGCCGUGUACGGCGCCAAAGUCCGAUUUCCACAUGCCUUGGUGAUGGUAUUCCUUUUCCGGUCGGGAACAUUCCGCGAAAAAGUUAAGCUCGUCCUCAAAGCUACCCGGCAACAUGCCAGCAACCUUGCCAGAUUCGCCGUCAUUUAUAAGAGUGCAAUGUUUGCGAUGAAAUAUUUGAACCCCACAGGACCCAAGGAAGGGCCCUACGACACCUUUUUUGCAGGUCUGCUAGGUGGUUACGUCGUCUUUGGCAGGAAUUCGGGUAGUGUCAGCCAGCAGAUCGUCAUAUACGUCUUCGCGCGAGUUGUUCUCGCCCUCGCUAGUCUUUCCGUGCAACCAAACAUGCACCCGCUCUCCUCACUUAUUACGCCCGAAUCUCGUUCACGGAUACAGGAAAAUGCAUGGCCGGCGUUUGCGGCACUCAGCUGGGCGGCUGUCAUGUAUGUGUUCCGAUGGCAUCCAGAGUCUAUUGUGAGCAGUUUGAGGAGUAGUAUGACAUAUAUAUAUGUGGACUCCGACCAUUGGACAUCGUUCCACAACUUGUUGAUACACAACAAAUGA